AUGGCUUCUGACGACAUCACCACGCAGAUCAAAGAGCUUACUGCCUUGGUAAACAAACAAAAUGAGGUAAUAGCUAAAACAGGGAAGCAAGUUUUGGAAUUGCAGAUGAAGGAUGUCAGGACGAAAAUGGCGAACAUAGACAUGAAGCCAGUCAAGGUCGAAACCGAGGACUUUGCCACGAACGAAGACAUCGUGCAAUUGGUCGGAGAAUUGCAAAUCCAACUUGAUCACAUGGAAGACAGAAAUAUCAAGCGUGUGUUUAAUUCGAACCUUACAAGUUCCUCCGACCCAGAUGCACUUAUUGCGCCUCUAUCUACUCGCGACGGCGAGCCUGCACCAGAAAACUUCCCAGCCACUGUUGGUGAGCUCUUGAAAUUGCAGGCAGCAGAUAUUUUACAAUUGUGCGAAUACUACGACUUGUUGCCUCCUGAAGAACCGUCCGAAGAAUUGGCGGAACUUUUAAAGAACGAUGACUUGAGUGCGGCAGAUGCGCAGAAGUUGUUUGCGCCCGACCGGCAGGAACAGUCGUUGGAAGAGCGUGUCAAGGCGCUUUCAAGUACAGCAACAGACAACAUGUUUGACGAUUUUGCGCGCUUCAUUGGUGUGAGAAUCCGGCGCGGACAACAAUGGUAA